CGAAGAUUGGAUAUUACGAUAAAGAAGUGAAAAUUUUCUUUUUAUUCUAGACAAUUUUAGACAAAAAUUGUACUACUUACAUGUUACUUAGUGUAUUUGUCGAGGUGUUGUUUGUGUAGAGGCCUACUUCUAGUUGUAAUAUAGGAUGAAAGCCCGCGUUCCGGACGUUGUGUAAUAUUUUCGCGAAUUUUCAUUUUUCCAAUUGUGGUCAAACAAAAGUCACCACAAUAGCUGUGAACAGCAACAAAAGAUUCUAUUGUAGGUAGUAACAUUUGCUACAUUGCUUGUGUCGAUCGGUGACCCCGAGGAAAAAUCAAAGAAAAAUCGAUUUUCGAUUGGUAUAUAGCACUUAACACCAAUCAGCCAGCGCCAGCGGUGAAGCAAGCGAGCAAGCAAGAAAAGCUAUAGAAGUUGACGGUAAACUACCUUUCCAUUUUUGUGUUUAAGUGAAACUUGUAAUGGUGCCGCCGCGCCGUCGUGUUCGAUAGAGUGCAAGCAAGGUCUUUCGAAAUAUAGCUGCUUGUUUCGGUAGAAAAGCUGCGGCGGCAAGUUUGCGUGUGAGAAUGUCACGGCGAUCGUAAAAAUCAGGCCCAAAAUGUUUGGCCAAUAAAAAUGAAGCUGGUGUUGUCCCUGGGCAUGCUGCCCUAGUUAUCGUACCGUGCGAGGCUGUUAAAUUUUCCACUGCUUUUGUGAACUGCGCGUGCAUUUUGGGCCGUUAUUUAGAAGAAUAAAAAACGGUAGAAAGAGGGAAAGAGUGUGAAAAUACGGUUAAAAACAAACAUCGGUUGUCGUCGGUUGUGGUGUAUGUUUGGGAAUCGUGCUAAGAAAAAGAAGAAGAAAAAAAGAUCCACUAACCUACCGACCCCUGUGACCUCCUAAGGAAAUGGCCCUUUCUUCGGAUCCACACGAGCAGCGUUUGUUUCAGAUGUUUCAAGCACAUGACGUCAACUCUCGUGGUAGUCUGGAUCGGGAGGCCCUAGGGAAACUUUGCCGUACUUUGGAGCUGAAGGAGCGAGGUCAGCAGCUGGUGAAGUGCCUGCUUAGAGACGAGAAGUCUCGUGUAACGUUCCAGGAGUUCCGUGAAGGUUUGCUGCACAUUCUCGGUGUAGAGGAACCGGAGGAUCAAGCGGAGCCAAAAUCGCUAACUUUAGGAGAUCGUCUAGAUUCAGCGGACAGUCAUAAUGUGUCAACAGGUUCUCCCACGGCUGUAUCCUCGAGCCCCGCCUCUUCCUGCAGUAGUAGCGGCAACAACAGUAACAACAACAGAAGCAAUCUAAAUGCGACGGCGGGCAGCAUAAUUUCCAACACAUCCAAACAACAGCACCAUCAACGUUCCCAUCCACAUUCCUACCAGCAGCGGCAGACAGUAGACAGAGAUGCUCAGCAUAGGGCAGAGUAUAGCGAAUCAGUCGCAAAAGUUGUCCCCAAGAGUGCAGUGCCAUUGUGUGUCGAGGAAGAUCGUCUACUAACGUCCGCCACAGAUAAUCCCUCCAAUCCGAUAACGACCACCUCCGAUAACGAGAAUGAGUCAUCCGACCGGGAAGUGUCGCCCAAGUUCGUAGUCGGUACGAAAAAAUACGGCCGCAGAUCGCGGCCUCGAGACGAAUCCGCCGGACUGGACACGUCGUCAGAUUUCAGCAACUCGGACAACGAAUCCGUUCCUCCCAACCAGCAGAAGCAGGAAGCUGGCAGCAAAAACUCCUCCUCCUCGAAGGUGCAACGAUCAGCGUCGCAGAGUGACAUUCACGGCACGAAACGUCGCCGGCCCAUGAGCGGUGCUAGACUCAAACGGUGCGUGUCGUUACCAACACACCGUCAGCGACCGGAUCUGGCGCAGAGCAAGCUAAACGCCAAAGCCGUUCGCGAUCAGCUGAACAUGGACGAACAAAUGGAUAGGAAAAUCUAUCUUCUUAAGUUGUACGAAAAGCUACGGGAUAUCUGGGAUUCGCUGCUCGUCGAUGGCCACGGGACGUUGCUGAACCAAUCGCAACUGGAGGUGGUCUGCGAGCGGGCCGGUUUGCAGGAACUUCCGGCCAAGCUGGCCGCCCGGGAAGUGUUUGCAAAGCUGCGGCUCGAACCGAUCGAGGGGAUCGGCUUCGAUGAAUUCAUGUCGCUGCUGCAAAGUGAUUCGGACAUCCUUCCAAUCGGCGGUGGCGGUGGCGGCGGCGGCGGCUGCGAGAAGAAAACGGUAGCCGACGGUGAUUGUGUCGUCACGGCACGAAUGUUCGGCGAGAGCGACACUUUCAAGGCUCAGGAACUGGACCGCGAUAGUGUGGAAGAGACGGUCGGCUUUAGCGUACAGAUGCCAGAUUGGACGGCCGAAAUUGGAUCACUUUCGUCGUCUAUUAUUAUCGACAUGUGGGAGUCGGCUGGAAUCGUCGACGCGAGAAACCUGCUGCACGAUCUCGGAUUCUACGACGAUGAAAUUCAGGUGACAAACUUGGCUAGCGCCCUAGAGGACGAACAGCAGCGACUGGGCGAUUGCAGCGAAACGUAUGCCUUUGUGAAGGCCUCUCAAGCGCUGCAUAAAGCGGAAAACAGUGCUCUCCGGCAGGCUUUCGUUCAGUUGGUAGAGGAGAACAAAAAGCUGUACGCUGACAACAAGGAAGUUAACCAGCGAGCUCUGCUGAUUGCCCAGGAGGUAGACGAACGCCACAACUCGUUGGAAGCGGCCACCCGAAACAAGAUUCGCCUACUGGAGCAGCGUCAUCACGAAACCGUUAAGGAACUGACUUCGCAGUUGGCCUUCGAGCGGGAGCAGCUAACCGGUGCGAACGCAGCUCUGGAGAAACGAAUUCACGCCUUCGAGCUGGAGGAGAGCAGACAAAAGGCGGAAAUGAGCCGGCUAGCGGACGAGAACGACAGUCUACGCGUCGAGCAGGAGAACCUCACCAAAGAGAUGGCCGAUUUGCUGGAGAAGAACAUUCGGUUGAAUAAGGAUAUUACUGAGCUGGAGGAGAAUAACCGGAACGAUGUGGAUGAUGGAUUCGGUCGGAAGGAUGACGUCGAAGUGCUCGAGUUGAUUGAAAAGAUUUCGUUGCUACAGUGUGAGAAUUCUGAGUUGAGGGAUAAGAAUGAUGAGUUGAGCGCGGAAAUCGAGAUGUUGGGUGUGGAGCUAGCCAGGUUUAAACCGAAGAGGAGUGGCGUUAGCCGAACCAGUACGCUGGAAGUGUCACCGGUGGUGGUAGAAUCGGCUGGUGUUGGCGGUGAGGAAAAUGCUAGUGCCGCUAGGAAGCGACAGGGUGAUUCCCCCAGUAAGGCUCGCCUUUCGGACGAGAGUCCACGGUUGGGAAAACUGCGUAAGUGUAGUAAGGAACUGGAGAAUGAGUCGGACUCUAGUGGGGAUUGGGUGGCGCUGCAAUCCGAGCUUGGAAUGAAAGUUGAUAGUACAAUGGCUUCGUCGGGAAUUUCACAUGAUUACUCGAGCAAUAAUGAGUCUAGUUUCAACGACGAGGAGGUUCGACAGUUGAAGGUUAAAAUUGAGGAGUUGGAGAAGAAACUGGAAGAACAUAAGACUGGCUCUUCCGGGGAUAAGACUGAAGCGGAACGUCAAGAGACUGCAUCGGCCGAGGGUGCGGAACGUUCGGAAAAGGACAAACUGAAGAUUCGUUGCGAAGAGCUGGAAGCUAGUUUGGAACAAAUGAGCAAGGAGUACGAAGCUUGCGAAGAUUACUGGCAGAAUAAGGUCAACGAAGAACGUCAAUUGUUUGAGGAAGAACAACGAAUUUCGGACGAUAAGUUUAAUGAGCUGCUGAAGAAGAUGGCAGAAUAUGAGGAACAGUUUGCUGGUCAAGGUAGCAGCAAAGCUGAUGACGGACGGCUUUCGCCGAUUGAGGAGAAGGAUAUUCUUGAACAGCAAUACUUGGACCUGGAGCUGGAGCUACAGGAGGCUCAACGAAUGAUCGAGGAGAAGAGCCACGAAGUUGACCGACUGCGAAACCGAAUUGUCGAGUUUGAACAGUUGACCAAAUAUUCAUCGGAAGCAAUGCUAGCAACGCCACCUCGCGUAGAAACACCGGAAAUUGAUAGUCCAGCAAGCUCUCCCAUCAGUUAUCUGAUGAAACAAGGUACAAUCCAAGCACCGACUCGCGACUAUCAGAAUCCAAACUGGCCGCUGAAGUCGGUGAAUCAGAAUAACCCAGCGGACAUCAUCGGUGAAGUUCGUCGAAAUCCGUCUCACUGUGAAGGUGAUGAUGACGAUCAGCUGCUGGCAACAAGUAACGAAGAUUCGGGCUUCAAUCGAACAAUUUCUCCAAUUCAGAAGCCUACGGCUUCUGUGAGUGAUGUGGCUUCAUGCGGGGCGAUUGAUCAUCAGGCUGAUUUGGUCGAUAGCUCGGACACAGGAUCCGUGAAAUCCGCACGGAGUAUGCAUAGUUUGGCUUCGACUCAUAGCAUUCACAAAUCCGUGUCACAAACUGACAUUGCAUCGGCAACUCAAGAUCAGCUGAAGCAGUUGCGCUUGAUGCAGCUGCAGCUGCAGGAUGAGAUUAAGGAGUUAACCCAUCAGCGGGAUUGUUUGAAGGCGGAGUUCCAACAGCUGUGCGAAGCUAAACCAAUUCUGGCCCGGGCCUACACCAAGACGGCUCAUCCGAACCAAACCCAGAAGAUACAACAUCUUGAGCAGAAAAUACGGCAUCAGCAGCAGGUGAUGAAGCAGCAGCAAAUGUAUUCGGAAAAUAUCCUACAUCAAAUUUGGCAGCAGCAGCGCAGUGAAAUAACGGAACUACGAAACCGGCUGGAGGCGCAAAGUAUGGUCAUUUCCGACCAGGCAACCCGGCUGGCCAGUAACGAUUUGCUCGUUAAGGAUCUGUACGUGGAAAAUUCACACCUGAUGACACAGGUCCAGCGGCUGGAGCAGCAGAAAGCGCGCGCCACUCUGUUGCAGCAGCUUUCGCAGGCCACAGCCAACGCGCACCAUCAGGCGACGGCACACCAUCCGAGCCAGCUGAGCGGUAUCAUGCCCGGGUUGCCGUAAUAUCGCGACCGAGCGGCUCGGAGGAGUAUACUAACGUGUCAUGAUUGUAAGGUUGUUUCGUUUUAAUGUCUAGAACUUAGAAGUAUGAACCCAUAUUUACUGUGACGUCUUUGGAGAGCACUUCCGUGCUCGAUGGGUGAGUGUAAUGAUACAAAACUUUUGAGAAGUAGUAGUCAUGUUCCAAAUGUUGGACUAUUUCUAAACAACGCACCAAAAUACUAGAGCUAGCAUGAAGCAGUUUUCAUAGCGACGAUACACAAAAUUUAUUUAUGUACUAAAAUUGUUUAAAGUUAGGUAUGUAAAUUCUACUGAAUUGUUUGGCAAUUCUACGUUUCAUGGAACAAAAUACACAUAAUUUAUUUUAUACCUGAUUAGAUAGAAGCGAUUCUCCCUGUGAAAGAGAGUAAUUAUUAAGAAAACGGAAACCGGUAGGUGAGCAACUAAAUCACCCGCAACCAGUCGCUACCUGCAUUCGAAUUGUUUCCUCACUCAUUCGAAUGGAGUAGCAAUUCAAACUUUCAUUGUUUCAUUUUCAACCGAAGCAGGAAACACCUCACAAUGACUGAGUAAAAACAAUUGGUAUUAAUUAGUCAAACUACAUACUAUAAAAACACAAACUACGCGAAAGCCUUUCUAGCGCCAGUUCUGUGAUGAUAACGGGGCCGUAUCAUGGAAAACUAAAACAUCACACCAAGCAGCACCAGAGCUGGGCAUCACCAAUAAACUACCAACCAUCAAAUUGGCCUUAAAUUUUGAGAAAGUUAACUAAUUGUUCCGUUUUGUUUGAAUGUUUUGUUGUUGUGUAUAAAUGUUUUCGCAUUUUUAUCCAACCGUAUUAUGUGGAACGUUUCUUUUUUACACUGCAUGAACUUUAUCGUGUGGUUUUACUAUUUGCAUACAACAGGCCUAUUCGCUUCAAGAAGUAACUAUAAUCUAUACAAGAACAGAACUAAACUACGACUAUGCAAACGUAAUUACUUGAAAACAAACUACAUAUAAUAAUAGAACAGCGAUUUCUAUUUUGUCGGUUAGAGAAAAUUAGAGCAAAUUAGCCAGAAAAGACAUAUUUGAUAGUUUAUCGUAAGAGCAAUGAAUUGUGAAUAAAAU